AUGUCUUCUUCUCUCCGGACUGCUCUCCGGAAACCGAAAGUGGAGACCGAUCGAAACAACAAUCUUGCCGUAAAAACGACCCACGCCAUCAAAUCGAAACCAGCGGCUCUCUCGUCCAUCGACCUCCCUCCGUUGGUAGCCACCCUAAAAGCUUCGUCGGAGAGGAAAGCCGUCGCCUUUCACUUUCCAGGACACAAAAGGGGAGAAGCCGCGCCCUCGGCCCUAACCGACCUCAUCGGUCCACACCCUUUCUUUCACGAUGUGACCGAGAUUCCGGAGCUCGACAUGUUCUUCAGCCCAAAGGGCCCACUUUUGGAUGCCAAGAAUCUCGCGGCCGACCUAUUUGGAGCGAAAGAGACGUGGUUUUUGGUCGGCGGCACGAGCUGUGGGGUCCAAGCUGCCGUGAUGGCGACUUGCUCGCCGGACGACACGAUUGUCCUGCCGAGAAACGCGCACGUGUCAGCCACCACCGGAGUCAUACUCUCGGGUGCCAUCCCGAAAUACAUCGUCCCGCAACGUAGCCUCGAUUGGGACAUUGCUGCCGGGAUCACGCCUUGGCAGGCUCGUUUUUUCGCGGUGGAAAUAGCAAUAAAAGAAUCGAAAAUGGAAGGUCGAAAAUUAGCUGCGGUUUUCGUCACGUCCCCGACAUACAACGGCAUAUGCAGCGACGUGGCCGGAAUCUCGAAAAUUUGCCGGUCGGAAAGAAUCCCUCUGAUAAUCGACGAGGCCCACGGGGCCCACUUCAAGUUCCACCCAGAAAUGCCAAAAACGGCCCUCGAACAAGGCGCGGACAUCUCGAUACAGUCAACACACAAGGUCCUCUGCUCGUUGUCCCAAUCGUCCAUGCUCCAUAUCUCGGGAGAUAAUAAAGUCGACAGGGAAAGACUGCACAAAUGUCUCCACUCUCUUCAAAUGACGAGCCCAAAUUGGCUCCUUUUAGCUUCGCUCGACUCUGCUCGGCACCAACUGAGCGCAAACCCCGACACCAUCUUCGAUAAAACUGUCGAACUCGCAAAAGAAGCGAAAACCGCGAUUGGUAAAAUCCCGGGAGUUUCAAUUCUUGACAUUAAGGAUUUUGCCGACUUUCCCGAUUUGGACCCUUUGAGGAUCACGAUCGGCGUGUGGAGGCUCGGGAUAUCGGGAUUUCAAGCGAAAGAGGUACUUGAUGAUGAGCUUGGAAUUGUGCCGGAGUUUGUGAGCACGAAUUCGGUCACGCUAGCUUUCAGUCUAGGGACGAUGAGCGAACACGUUGAGCGGCUAGUGUCGGGAUUAAAGAGUUUAUCGAAGAGAUUCUUUUCGGAGACAAAUGAAAAAUUGGACAACAAAAUUCAUGCGUCCUUCGCUCGGAAGUCGAUGCCUAUCGACAGUCCAGUGAUGAGGCUGAGUCCUCGGUAG